GAUUUUCCCAAGUUCAUCCCUAGAGACGACAAUUGACGUCGUAUGAUAUGCAACUUUCGUGAAGGCACUGAGUUGGCGCCGCUCUCUCUCACAGGGGAAGCACCCAUCAAUGGAGAAGGGUUUGUGCAAUCCCCAAGGUGAGGAUCCAUGGCGAGUCCUCGAAUUCUACAGUGGCAUCGGCGGAAUGAGAUACUCUUUAAAGAGGGGAGGUGUGAAUGCGAAAAUUGUCGAAGCAUUCGACAUCAACAACAUUGCCAACGAUGUUUAUCAACACAAUUUCGGUCACCGCCCUUGCCAGGGUAACAUCCAGAGCCUUACUGCUGCUGAUCUUGAUAGAUAUAGAGCUCAUGCAUGGCUUCUUUCUCCUCCUUGCCAGCCAUACACCCGACAAGGUCUCCAAAAGCACUCUGGCGAUGCCCGGGCAUUUUCUUUUCUCAAGAUUCUUGAACUUAUACAGCACACCUUACAUCCUCCACUUAUGCUUUUUGUUGAGAAUGUUGUUGGAUUCGAGACAUCUGAUACACAUGAGAAAAUGAUUGAGAUAUUAUCAAAAACUGGUUUUGUUACCCAGGAAUUUAUUUUGAGCCCAAUACAAUUUGGCGUGCCAUAUUCCAGGCCACGAUACUUUUGCCUGGCAAAAAGGAAACCUUUAUCAUUUGAAAACCAACUCUUCAAUAACCAACUACUUUCAACUCCAAGCCCAUUAUUUGGUCAUGAGGAUGACUCACUGAUUGAUGAACAUGAUCAAUCAGAGAAGAUCUGGGAUAAGUUGCUCCAAUCAUGUGAGCCAGUGGAGAGAUUUCUUGAAUUCAAGAAUACUAUCAACCCAUUAGAAACAGAGUCCAGCUACUUGGACACCCUUAGUGUUUCUACAGAUGCUUCUGGAGAGUUGGAGAACAAUGAAAGAGACAGAUCUGACAGUAAUUCUUGGGACCAGUUUUCUGUUCCAUUGAGCUUGAUAGAGAGGUGGGGAAGUGCUAUGGAUAUUGUCUAUCCUGACUCAAAGCGUUGCUGCUGUUUUACAAAAAGUUAUUAUCGGUAUGUGAAGGGUACUGGCUCUCUUUUGGCAACUGGCCAGUCAAAGAAGGAUAAAGCAUCCUUGUUGGAGGAGCAGUGUCUUAGAUAUUUUACCCCUAGAGAGGUUGCUAAUCUGCAUUCUUUCCCAGAGGAUUUUCACUUUCCACAGCAUGUAAACCUUAGACAGCGAUACGCAUUGCUGGGGAACAGUUUAAGCGUAGCAGUGGUUGCUCCAUUACUUACAUAUCUAUUCACUCAACCUUCAGGAUUGUAGUCAGUCCCACUCUACAAUGCACAUUUUCAAUUUCUUAUAGCAAAGGCAUGACCCAUCCAUCUGGAUUCCUAUAAAGCUCAAUGCAAAGCAAAAUUUAUCAAAUUUCCUGUUGUGAAUAUAAUUGGGGUAUGGACAGUAUAUUCACUUGAGGCUGUGAAGCAAAUUGUAUCAUCGCAUUCAACACCACACAAUCUUGUUAGAGGACAUUCUAUUUGUAUUUCGGUCACAAUAUUAAAUAUGAACUGAUAGUAGUCAUUAAUCAAUCAAAUUCUUAUGAUUAUCAUUA